AUGACCGACAACCUCGAUACCUCAGCCACCCCGACCACCCAAUGGAACGCGGAUCAGCAAGACGAUGCGAUCUACAAGGCCUCGUUCAUUCGCUACCGGGACGCCGCGAUGCCGAAUCUAAUGUCUCAUAUUGUGCAACUCUGCACGGAAACUACCGAGUUGGACUCUCGUUGCAGCGUACCUCAGGUCUUCAUCAACAGGCCCAUGCUAGACGAAUACAUCAGGAUCAGCGGGACGUAUGCAGGUGGCCUAGAAACCGAUACUCCACAGCCUUGGGAGUCGCAGACUGCUCUCUGGGAGUUCAUCUCAAAGGCAGUAAGCGAGAAGUUCAUUCAUCGUGGGGUUCUGCGCAGCCAGGAUACUGUUGUGCAGUCGUUCGCUCGAGUCACUCUGGGCAGCGGAAAUUUCCCAACACCGCCCUCCGACGACGAGCGCGCAGAGUUGAUGCUGUUUCAGCGACUCAUUCAGCGUCGACUGGCUAGAGCAGACGAUGGCACAGCGUAG